CAUAUAGCUAGGUUAUUUGCAGCUAGCUAGCUACGCACACGUACGUCCGAUCGAUCCGUUGUUCGUUGGGAAUCCAAUCAAAUCAUUAAUUGCAGACUAAACUAAACUAAACUAGAACCAUGGCGGCGGGCGCGUUGGAGGCGAAGAAACCCUACCUGAUCGCCCUCGCCGUGCAGAUCAUCGGCACCGGCAUGUUCGUCAUCUCCAAGGCAGCCUUCGACGACGGCAUGAGCACCUUCGUCUUCAUCUUCUACAGGAUGGCCCUCGCCUCGCUCAUCCUCGUGCCCACAGCCAUUGUGCAGCAGAGGAAGAAUCUGCGGCCCAUCAUGUCUGAUCCCAGGCUGCUUCUCAAGCUCUUCUUCCUUGCCUUGAUCGGGAACACUUUCAGCUUGAACACGUACAACCUGACCCUGAAGCUGACGUCUGCGACGGUGGGGUCCGCGCUGGCCAACUCCGUGCCCGUCUUCACCUUCUGCCUGGUGCUGCUGCUGCGGAUGGAGGCGGCGAACCUGAGGACGGUCGCCGGCGUGGCCAAGGCCGCCGGAGUCGCGCUCUGCGUCGCCGGAGUGCUCGUCCUCGCCCUGUACGCCGGGCCGGCGAUGAGCCCCGUCAACCACCACCGCGCCUUCGCCGCCGCCGCCCCGCCGCGUGCCUCCACCAGCAGCAGCAGGAUGACGUGGAUCACAGGGACGCUGCUCAUGGUGCUCGCCAACGUCACGUGGGCGCUCUGGAUCGUCCUGCAGUCGGCAUUGCUCAAGGAGUACCCCAACAGGAUGCUUGUGACGGCGACCCAGUGCGUGUUCAGCAUGCUGCAGUCGUUCGUCGUGGCCGUGGUGGCAGAGAGGGGUGACUUGUCCAAGUGGAGGCUCCGCUGUGACAUUACCCUCGUAGCCGUCCUUUACGUGGGUUUCGUGGUGACGGGACUGUCCCAUUAUCUCCAAGCGUGGUGCAUGGAGCUGAAAGGCCCGGUGUUCCUGGCGAUGACGAACCCGCUCUGCUUCGUCUUCACCAUAUUCAGCUCCUCCUUCUUUCUGGGAGAGAUCGUGCACCUUGGCAGCGUUCUGGGUGGAGCUCUGCUUGUUGCCGGCCUUUACAGCGUGCACUGGGGAAAGCUCAAGGAAGAAGACAUGGCAUCUGAUCAGGAAAAGACCAACAAGCAGGAAGAAGAAGCAGCAGCAGCAGGGGCAUCCUCAGCGCUCCAACAACCGUGACAAGCUAGGGCAUUGCAUCAUUCAACUGAUGCAUGCUCAACUCACCUCGGCGAUCCAACACUCUACUACUCUGUUGUAUCCGAACGAAUAAAUAUAUAUGUCAACUUAUAUU